AUGGCAAAACCUUUCAAGUUCUUGGCUAACUUUAAGAACCCAUGCUGGAAAGAGAUGAACCUUACAAUUAAAUGUCUUCCAUAUUUUAUGUUAAUUGGAAUGGACAAAUCCGGCACCACGGAUCUCUACAAUAGAUUAAUAAAACAUCCAGAAAUUAGGAUGAACUCUGGAGUAGGAGGAAAAGAAACCACUUGGUGGAGCUGGCGAAGAUAUGGUUUAUGGCUAAAUCGAGUAAUAAAACGACAAGAUCUUAAUGAUUAUAUAGCUUACUUUGAUGAUCCAGCAGCAGAAAUAAACCAUACUGCAAAUGACCAAGGAUAUCAUAACUUAAUAACAGGAGAUGGUAGUCCAAUGGACAUGUGGGAUUUUAGAGGAUGGCCACAGAUACCACAAAACCUGAAUAAAACGGAACCCGAAAUUCUUACUCCACAUCUUAUCAGACAUCUUUAUCCGCAGAUGAAAUUUAUAAUAAUUUUACGAAAUCCAAUAGACAGAUUAUACUCCGAUUACUUGUUUCUGAAUCUUAGUAAACAGACACCUGAUGCGUUUAACGAGGCCGUAAAUACCUCACUGCUGAUACUUAAUACAUGCUAUCGUAUCAACAGUUUCAGGAAAUGCUUGUAUGAUGCAAAUCUACAUCAUAAAUGGAAUGCACAGGCUAGAAUACAUUUGGGAUUUUAUUAUGUAUAUUUGUUAGAAUGGUUUGAAGUUUUCCCUAGACACCAGUUCAUAGUUUUAAGGACAGAAGAUCUUUCAAAAGAUAUUUCCAACUACAUGUUGAAAGUAUAUCAAUUUCUUGGAACCGAAGAAUUAAGCAUGAAGCAAAUGAAUGAUUUGGGAAUUCUAUCAAAAGAGCAUAUAUAUAAAACAAAGGAAAAACAGAACAUUGCACCAAUGUCGACCUUUACGAGAGAGAAGUUAUUGAAUUUAUAUGCACCAUUCAAUAAUAAGCUAGCGGAAAUGCUUGAUGAUCCUCGUUUUUUGUGGAAAAACAGUUAACAGAUUCUGAAGCUUGGAAGCAUUUUUUUUAUGGAGACGCGAUAUUUUAUUCGAUUUGUAGCCUCUAUGAUUGUUUUUUUUUUUUAGAAAAGUUGAAUUAGUGAAAAUGAUUUUGAGGAAACUAUAGGGACUCCUCUGAUAUAUAUACUGAUACAGUUAGAAUUAUAUUGGAGAGAUGAAUGAAGUGUAUGUAUUUAUUUGUAUGCCCAGUUAAGAUUAUAUUGGAGAGAUGACGGAAAUGUAUUAAUUUAUUUGUAUGCCCUGUUUGGAUUAUAUUUG